CGCUUAUGUUUGGUUUUUUUCCCCUCCCUCCCUCCACCCCCCCCUCUCAAGAUGGCAAGCAGUCCUAUAUAUGUUAACUAUGUUGCAGUAUAUCCUAGAUACAAUAUAUGUUUGCAGAACCGAACAGUUCUCUUGUUGCACAAGGAGAAUUGGAUUCAGAAGGUAAAAAUAACUCGGGAAGAAAAUCAAAAAUGCAAAUUGUUCACAUUCAUUUCCCAGUGUUCCUUCUUUGGGUGUAGCUGUUUCUAUCAUUUAUCCAUUGAAACUCAGUUAGGUCUCUUUGUCAUAGAAAUCCACUUCCAUCAGAAUAGAUCCUCAUAUAAUAUCGUUGUCGAAGUGUAUAAUGAUCUCCUGGUUCUGCUCAUCUCACUUAGCAUCAGUCCAUGUAGGUCUCUCCAAGCCUCUCUGUAUUCAUCCUGCUGGUCAUUCCUUACAGAGCAAUAAUAUUCCAUAACAUUCAUAUACCACAAUUUACCCAGCCAUUCUCCAAUUGAUGGGCAUCCAUUCAUUUUCCAGUUUCUAGCCACUACAAACAGGGCUGCUACAAACAUUUUGGCACAUACAGGUCCCUUUCCCUUCUUUAGUAUCUCUUUGGGGUAUAAGCCCAGUAGUAACACUGCUGGAUCAAAGGGUAUGCACAUUUUGAUAACUUUUUGGGCAUAAUUCCAGAUUGCUCUCCAGAAUGGUUGGAUUCGUUCACAACUCCACCAACAAUGCAUCAGUGUCCCCGUUUUCCCGCAUCCCCUCCAACAUUCAUCAUUAUUUUUUCCUGUCAUCUUAGCCAAUCUGACAGGUGUGUAGUGGUAUCUCAGAGUUGUCUUAAUUUGCAUUUCUCUGAUCAAUAGUGAUUUGGAACACUCUUUCAUGUGAGUGGUAAUAGUUUCAAUUUCAUCAUCUGAAAAUUGUCUGUUCAUAUUAAAAGGAAAUUUUAAAUAAAAUAAAGAGUUGUUGCUAUUUUUGUGAAUAACCAAUUGUCCCUUGACCCAACUUAACGAUACCUAUGUUUGUUCAGGUAUCAAGAUACUGUACUAACUGGUACCUAAGCACCCAAAUGCUUAGACUCACCAAUCUGAGACUCUAGUUUUUUCAGUCUCAUUUUAUUGUUCACAUAUUUGUUAGAAAUUCUUCCUUUCAGGACUAGACAAUGAUCGAGGCAUCUAAGUGACAUAGUGCCAGGACUAGAGUUAGAAACGCCUGAAUUCAAAUCUGGCAUCAGACGUGAGCUAUGUGACCCUAGGCAAGUCAUUUCACCCUGUUUGCCUCAAUUUCCUCAUUUGUAAAAAAUGAACUGGAGAAGGAAAUGGCAAACCCCUCCAGUAUCUUUGCCAAGAAAAUCCCAAGUAGGAUCAUGAAGAGUCAGAUAUGACUUAAAAACAGCAGCAGAGAGAAUGACCAUCUUUGAAAUAAAUGUUCACCAACAAGCAAAUUUCUGUAUUCCAAACAGAACCAAAUUUUCCAAGCUGUUGUUGAUCACUGUAUUCUAGCAGUAUAUAUUAAAGUUCCUGUUUUCCUGCAGAGGUUAAACAGGGCACAUUACAUCAUCUAUUCUAUUCCAUUUUUUUACUCAUUUACUUGAGAUUAUAUAACUCCAAACAAAUAAAUACUUAAUAAAUGCUUCUGAAAAUGGUGAUGGGCAAGUCGAGAGGGAAAAGACUAAUUACAGGAAACAAAUCUCAUUAGCUUCUUAGGUGACCUCUAGCAGAAUUGUUCAUGAGCAGUUCAGAUACAAAUGGAAAGGAGGGAAGAACGAGGAAGAAAGCAGGCAAUAAUCGAGCCCCUUGACAAGUUGGGAGCAGUGCCAAAGUCAUAUGUUUGGUCGAAUAAAUAUUUAUAAAUGAAGAUGAUGAUGAUAGCAGUAAUAUAGAGCUUCAAAGUUUGCAAAGCUCUGGAAGGUGAGUGUUAUUCUUUUCUUAGUCCCACUGUUUACUUUUUUCUUAUUUGGAUAUAUUUCAUUUUUUUCCCAAUUAUAUCUCAAAACAAUUUUAAACGUUUGUGUUUUUUUAAAGUUUGUGUUCCAAAUUAAAUCCUUUUCUCCAUCCUUUCCUUCAGGUAUAGGCUAUACCUGUACAAUAAUGUAAAAUCAUAUAAAACAUUUCCAUAUUAAAUUUUGUACAAGACUAGAAUAAAAGAAAAAUAAUGGAAGUAAAAAAUAGCAUGCUUUAACCUAUAUUCAAACAACAUCAGCUCUUUCUUUGGAAGCAGAUACUAUGCUUCAACAUUAGUCCUUUGGGAUUGUCUUGGAUCAUCUUAUUGGUGAAAAUGGCUAAAUUAUUCACAAUUAUUGCUGUUAUCAUAUACAAUGUUCUCCUGGUUCUAUUCACUUUUCAUCAGUUCAUGAAAGUCCAGAUUUUUCAAAAAUCAUUCUGCUCAUCAUUUCUUACAGCACAAAAAUAUUCCAUCAUCAUCAUAUACUAUACAUUGGUUAGCCAUUUCCCAAUUGAUGAGCAUCUCUUCAAUUUCCAAUUCUUAGCCACCAUAAAAAAAAAAGCUGAUAUAUUUUUGCACAAAUAGGUUAUUUUCCUUUUUGAUGUCUUUGGGAAUGUAGAUUUAGCAGUGGUAUUACCGAGUCAAAGGGUAUGCACAGUUUUAUAGUCCUUUGGGCAUAGUCCACAUUGCUCUCCAGGAUGGUUGGAUCAGUUCACAAUGUGAUGAACAAUGUAUUAGUGCCCCAAUUUCCCUUAAAAUUCCCUUCAACAGCCAUUAUUUUGGUUUUUGGUCAUGUUAGCAUAUCUGAUAGAUAUGAGGUAUGUUGGUGUUAUUAUCCCCAUUUUACAGAUCAAAAAACAAGCAGAUAACAUUUAAGUGACUUUCUCUAAGUCACACAGCUAAUAAGUGUCUAAGGCCACAUUUGAAUUCAGACUUCCCUAUCGACAAGCUGGGGCUCCUGACACUUAUCCAAGUCUUAUUCUUACUAAAGCCCUUUCCCUGUUUACAUUAGUCUUGUGAAAAUUCCAGGAAAUUGUAGGAAACAGACUCAGAGUGAGUGAUUUGACUGGUCAUUUAACUAAUAAUCGAAGGGUUGACAAGUGGGACAGAAGAAAUUUGAAUAAUGUUCUGCCCCUCCCCCACAAAAACAAACCCAAAUAAAACCCUCUAGGAACCAGGUAGCAGUCAACAACAAGACCAGGUCUCCAGGAAAGUUGGAUUAAUAUUAAAAUGUUAUCCCAUUCCAAUCUCCCCACCCACUUAAUAACUAUUUCUUGCAUCACCUCAGUUCUUUUCAGGCUGAAAUGUCUUGUGAAUUCCUGGCUUUACCUUUUCUUUCCGGACCUCUACAUAGUUAAGGAGAAAGUCUCAGUUGCCAAAGCAAAAAUGGAAGAGGGAAGUAAGAGAAAAGGGGUUGGUCUCUUAGGCCCGUUCCUCACCUUCCCCCAUCUACAAUCCUGUUACUUCUCAUGACAUUGAAACCCUUCCCUAUUUUCCACUUGCACCUAGAGGACUGAUCUUGGUGGGCUCCCAAUUUGAGAAGAGUUAACAAAAUUCUGGGCUCGAGGACCCAUUUCCGGGACAGAGUGGUCGGUCAGGGCCGCCUUCUCGGAGGGAGACGAGACAACAUAGCUUAUGUUAACUCGGAUCAGGGGUCAGCAAGUCUGGAGCCACCGGCCCCUGGCUCAUCGUGGGCUCACACGGGCGCACACUGGCUCCAGUUUAAAAGAAAAGGGUGCUCUAGUCUAAUCCCCCUCCAAUUCAGCCUUGAGUCUUAAAACGUUGCAAAGGCAAGAUUUCCCCCCAAUCCCGAACUUCAGGACCGCCCCUGGUCCCCCAACCAUCGGGGGGGAGGCUCAUCCCACCGCGCCCGGGCUGGGCCAAGCAUUGGCGGACUUUGUUCUGUUUUUCAAGCAGCUCCACUUCCAGCUCGGGAAAAGUACCAAGGAGAGCGGGUGUUCUCACAGAACUCUUUGGUCACGUCCCCAAUUCGAAGUUUCCAGCUCUCCCAUCCCAAGCUCAGCAACCACAUCCCACCCUCUCUGCGCGGGCUCAGCCCCACCCCCAUAUGUGCAAAUUACUAAGUAUCAAGGACGGCUUUGAAGGAAUCUGUGUCCAGGGCACCCUUGUACCCUGAAUACUAGGGCUGGCAAUAGUAGCUGGAGCUGGGCGGGGGGCGGGAAGAGGGAUGUGGAUAGAGAGGUCUGCAAGGGACCCGGCCCACACCGUCCUCUCUUUUCCGCGGGGGCAGUCUAAGGGUCGAAUUCUGGGGAUGGAGGGGGGGGCAGUUCCCCCACACUCCCGCACUCCCCCACCCUCCAUCCACUGCGGAUUAGAAUCUUGCAUUUCCCAACGUUCCACGCUUAGAACUUAGUAAGAGAGAGCCUCCCGUCACCACGGCCCCCGAAAAGAGCCGCUGCCACCCGAGGAAGGACACGUGGAUGUGUCUGCUCUUGUUUCUGUGUGGUUUAGGUGGCAGGAGGACCGGAAGGAUAACAAGGAAGUGGGAAAGGGUUUCCUGAGAUGAGAGAUUACUUCCGUCCAUCCAUCCUCUUUCCCGUUUGGAAGCAUCCAGGGCUCGGGAUUGGUACUGGGACAGGGGCUGGGACCCGGGGCCCGGGGCUGGAACCACAGCAGCAUCACUCUGACGCUUCUUCCUACGUGAAGGCAGCAAAAGGCAGGUGGAGAGGGAGCAUGGAUAAUUCUGUGUAACACACUCAGCUCUAUUGGAGAGGGUCUGAAAUAGAAAGAAACAAAUAAAAAAGCGGGGGGGGGGGGAGAGAGAGAAAGAGAGAGACGGAAGGAAGAGAGGGAAGAAAGGAAGAGAAGGAGGGAGAGAGGGAGGGAAAAAGGAAGGAGAGAGGGAGGGAGGGAAGAAGGAAGGAAGGAAGGAAGGAAGGAAGGAAGGAAGUUAAGAAAUAAGGAAAAAGAGAGAAAGGAGAGGUAGGAAAGGGAGGAAGGAGAGGAAGAGAGAGGAAGAAAAAGGGAAAAGAGAAAGGAAGAAAGAGGGGAAGAGAGGAAGAAAGAAAAGAGAGGGGAAAGAGGAGGGAAGAAGGAAGGAAAGAAGUUUAAUAAGGAGAAAGAGAGAAAGAGGAAGGAAAGGGAGAAAAAAGAGGAAUUAGAGAGGAAGGAAGGAGGAAGGAAGAAAAGAAGGGGAAAAGAAGAAGAAAGAGGGGAAGAAAGGAAGAAAGAAAAGAGAGGGGAAAGAGGAGAGAGGGAAGAAGGAAGGUAGGGAGGGAAGAAGGAAGGAGGAAAGAAAGGAAGGAAGGGGGAAAGAGAAGAGAGGGAAGGAAGGUAGGGAGGGAAGAAGGAAGGAACAAACGAACGAACGAAAAGAAUAAGUAUAAAACAAAAGCAACCAAGCAAUGGUGGCCAAACAGCGGAUCCGGAUGGCUAACAAGAAGCACAGCAAAAACAUCACACAGAGAGGGAACGUAGCCAAAACCCUGAGACCACAAGAAGAGAAAUACCCUGUGGGUCCGUGGCUGCUGGCACUGUUUGUUUUUGUUGUCUGUGGAUCAGCUAUAUUUCAGAUCAUCCAGAGUAUCCGGAUGGGUAUGUGAGCCGCAGGGACUGGACCUCCCUUCCUCUGUCAGAAGGGAGGACUGGACGAGUCUUUAGCUAGUGGAACUGAUGGAACAGAUAUUUUUUAAAAAGCCAUGUAGGUCCAUGACCUGCAUCAAGGAUGCCCAACCGAACUACCUCUUAAUGUGACGACUCGGUGCUUGCUGGUUCUCAACAGGAAAAGAAAGGAUGUUCUCUCUUCUGGCUGGAGGGCCGUCCCAGCGCGGCUCUGUAUGGGUAUCAUUUCCCGUUUUCUCAUCAGUGUUUGUUACCCCAGGAGUGAUCCACUGGUGUACCUUUGAGAUAAGAAACCUGAAAAGUUAAGUGGUGAAGUGAGGUCCUCUUUAUAACCCUCAUCAUCAUCAUCAUUAAGUUCUACUUUUGAGUCUGAAUGAAAAAGCCAUUUGGGCCUGGAGCCCAUUCUCAGCUCUACUGUUAACAUUGUGCUCCAGAAAAGUUGUGAAAACACCAUUGGAUUUGGGGCUAGUGUGCUGGACUUGGAGUGAAGAAGGCCUGAGUUCAGAUCCUGCCUCAGAAACUUAACAGCUGUAUGACUCUGAACAAAUCAUUUUGACUUCUCGUAUCUAAAAGGGAGAUAACAAAAGUCCCCGCUUCAUGGUCUUGUUGUGAGGGUCUGUGCAUCAAGCACUUUACAAACAUUCAUGCACUGUGUAGUAUUAUGAUACAUGUGAACUUGGGUAAGUUACUCUCUGAGUCUUGAUUUCCUUUUCUAUAAAUUGAGGGAGGGAGAUGUUAUUGUUUAUCCUUAGUUUUUGAAAGGGAAGGAUGUCAUUACAGGGGAUGUCUUGACUUGUUUUGAUCUGUGUAUGAAUUGGAUUUAAGCGAGCAGAAUUACACAAUCUCACUUUUCUAGAGUUGAUGAAUCCAGUGGCAAGGAAAGCCCGUGGAUGACUCUGGCAUCUUGGAUGUCUGACCAAGCUCCAUCAAACGUGAUAAUGUUUAUUAUGUAAAGGAAUGGGGUUUGCAUGGAAACUUCAUGGUGGACUUGAAAAAAUGCAAAGCAUAAAUAAGCCCUUGUUUGUAGGAGUGCAUUUAACCUGCAGAGUGUGGGUAUGGCCUCUACCAUCUUGCUCAGAGAAUGCAUGGAGCUCUUGAUAACUGACUGGAACUUUUCAGGAACUAUUCCACUCCAUGGCCUAUAAAAGCUAAUUGACAGACUCUUUUGGAUCCUUCACUGUUUUCCCUUGACCCUUUCUGCCAAAAAGGUGGAGAAGGGUCUCCUUUCCCCUCUGUUCUCCAACUCAACAACUCCUGGCAUCUGGUGGUAUGAGAGGAGAAUUCAUGGACAAUCUCUCUAACCGUCAACUUUCUGUGCAGAGAAGGUAAAUGUUUUUAUCUCCUAAGCACCAUGAUCUCAAAAUCUAGAGGCUUCUAGCUAUUGAAGAAGAAUUUACUGGAUUGUGACUGAUUUGGGGACUGAUCUUUAAGGGGGUAUCCCUGAAGGACAAAAGUUCCUAAAUUCAAGAACUUAGACAAUAGCCUUGUAGACUAGAGGAAAAAGAUUUCUUCAACAGCAAGGUUCAUGGAGAAAGAAGAGAACAUCUACAGAGUUCCUGAGUAGUUCCACCAAGAAUAAAGUCAGUGAGUUAUUUGGAUAGUGCAAGAAAGGAAUUUCCUACUGAGAAAUCCCCAAAGUAUGUGUGUUUUCAGAGGAAAGAGUCUAAACCAUAGGAUAAUGCUACAGGUCUCAGGGAAACUGUAUAGACCUAGGAAAACAGGAACUCACUAGGGCAUCUCACAGGGUUGCACUGAUGGCAAGCCCAAAUUCCUUUCCCUUUGGAGGGAGCUGACAGACUAUUUGAGUGCUGUAUGCAUUUUCUGUAACUACUAAUGGGCUCCCAUGAGUCCUUUGCACCUUCUGCAUUUUCUGGGGAGUACAAUAAAGGCUGUCCAAUGCUC